AUGGCAGUUUUAUGGCGGACCCAGUUUGCCACUGUUACUCUUAACAUCCUUUUGGGAAUCCCGUUUGUCCUGGCAAACAAAGACUUUUGUGGAAGCGUUUUUGAAACUCAAGUCGGUGAGUAAAUACUUCGAAAAAAAGAAAACCAAAACCAACCGAUUCUUAUACUCUCUUUGCAUAGCUAGUAGUUACUAGAAAGAAAUUUUUUUUGCCUUUCAGACCAUGCCUUGGUGGGUUAUGUUAUCCAGACAAAUGCUGUUGUGGACGAGUUUGAGUGCCAGUUAAAAUGUAUGGGAAAUAACAGCUGUAAGUCGAUCAAUGUUCAUCCCGGUGAAGGCAAUGAAAAACGUAGCUGUGAGUUGAAUAAUACAACACGGCAGAUGAAGCCAGGUCAUUUUAAAAAGAAGAAAGGAUCUACAUACUAUAACUCUUUUCAGGUGGGUUCUGGGUUAAGUAGGUUUGUUGAUAACUUUCCUAUCUUAUUUACACCCAAGAACAAUGUUUCGGUACUACUGCUGUAUACUAAUGAAAACUGAGAGAAUGAAUCGUUAUUGGCUUAUAAGUAGGCGUUCACUUUGUAAACAGAACACCAGGCACUUAAAAGUCUCGGGCAAACGUUUCUCUGAGCGAGUCUUAACUAUCUUCAUUUUUUUUUAGCAAUUCCUGUUUGCAACACACUGCGAACCAAAAGGUUUCUUUUCUGCUUGUAUAGCAUGUUCUGAGUGUUGACAUGAGUGUAAGGGCAACGUCAAAUUUCAUUUUUGGAAACGCACAUUAAGCGUCUGAAUACGGAUAACGAGAAAACAAGCUUUGUGUACUCUGAAAAACAAUCGAUGGCAGAACGGGAAGAAAAACGUUUAACUUUCUGUUUUACUAAUCAGGCCUCCUGCAUGGAUGUUUCCCGCGGGCGAAAACAAAUAACUAAAAGCGGCCAGUGUCAUCCGGAAUACAAAGGAAAACAUUGUGAAACACGUAAGUGGUGAGACUUUUCUAGAAAAGUUCUACUUAACACGUUGCCAAACAAAAUACAUGAAAAUUAAGUGCAAUGAGGAUGGUGUAAAUUUACAAUUGGGAACUCCUUUUAAAACGCAUUUCUGAAGAUACAUGCGGACAAUCAUGUUCAAGUUUGCGUUUAGCUUUUUCCCCUAUUCAUAACAUCUUAACCGGUGUGUGAAGAUUAAUAAACCCAUUAAGAUUAAAGCUCAUUUCCUUUUCAGCUACCAGAGGCUUACAUUUCAAUCAGCCUGGUCAUUCCUGUAAGGACAUCCGGGACUCAGGUUUCUUUCAAAAAGACGGAGAGUACUGGAUCGACCCUGAGAAAAAUGGAAGUUCUUUAAAAGUAUUUUGUGACAUGACAACUGAUGGAGGUAAGCAUUGUAAAUAACUCGUUUCUGUAAUUUUGGCUGUGCAUAGAAGAGCAAGGCUGCAAAGGCAACCUUUGUGCUGUUUGAACCUGAGGAAAAAAAUUGCUGCAAAAUAAUUAAAUACAGAAAAAACAUUCAAAGAAUGCUACGGACAAACAAAAACAUCUGUUUUAGGGGAGGAGUAUAAGGUUUGGCCCGCAUUUCAAGUGAAAGUACCAAAAGGCUAGAGCCAAACUAGCAGGAUUGUUUAAGACUCUUUUAAAGAAGUAACAGCAGAAAUACAGAGAAAAGCUCCAGCUUGAGGUUAAGCAGGGUUUUUAUCUGGAAUCACCGAGGUGAUAACAAAGGAACAAAACCAUUCUACCAAAUUAUCUUCUUUAAAUAGAUAAAGCCGGUAGGUAGAGGGAGAGACCAUACUUUUGCGCCGUGGCGCAAAGGCAUAACUAGAAGUCCCCCAUUUUUUAUUGUAAGAAAAACAGACUUGUUUCUGGUCUCCCAAUAAGUGCGAUUCACAUUUCUUUUUUAAUUUCUGGCAGGAGGCUGGCUUCUAGUCUAUAACGUUAUUGCUGGGGGAACCUUCCCCGCACCUAUUUGA